AUGUGUUCUUCUACAGCUCAUAUUGCUCACUCCUCUGACAAGUCCACCUCGACCACCAAGCGCGACCCAGGUCCCACGACUCCAUCUGCAAUCCCCCUUCCGCCUUCCCCGCCGCAGGACACCACCACCAAAGGCGGCGAUUCUACUCCCGCCACCCCCGCCAUCGCUAUCCCUCAGUCCGCCUCCGCCUCCGCCUCCAAGCUUAAAGCAUCCUUCCCCGCAGGUUGGCCUCACAGCAACACCAACCUCAACACUGCUGCCCCUGCCAAAACGGGUUUCAGUGUCCCAGUCGGCCGCCCUAAGACCCCUCGAAGCCGCAAUCGCCGGGGCCUCACUAUCAGCACGCCGCUACCAAAUCCGUUCCUGAAUGUCAGGGCUAGCGAGUCGCCGGAGAAGAAUAGGCCCCUGAGUUCGAAGAUGACAACGCCGGCUGAGUCCCCCACCACGCCAAACUCGAGGAUGAUCUUCAAGAUGGACGAUGAGGAGAAGUAA